UAUGAUAACCACGAUUUAAGAAUUUAAGAUAUAUUUUAAAUCCUGAUAACUGGAACGUCUAGAAAACCGUGGUCUGGAAGUCUGGACCCUGGAAUAGUGGAACGACAUUCGUCAUUCGUGGUCGGUACUCGGUAUAGUCCGCGAUAUACUAUUUUACUUAUAAUUUAUGGUCUGAUGAUGAGUGAAUUGCGCUGAGGUGCUGUCAAGGUGUCAAAAAUCGAUAUUUUGAUACUCGACAACUUUCGGAGUAGAUAGUGAUUUUAAUUUUUAAGCAAUCAUUACUGUAUGAACCAGUGAACGUGAACCGGAGCACUAAUACCAGAAAUCGUACAGCUCAAUAGUGCGGAGUUAAAUGAUGUUAUGAAAACUUGUAAAAAUGGAUAACCAAUGUGCUCCAUUCCCAAACAGUAAAAAAAACAAAUUUAUGAAUGCUAAAAAGAGACCUCUUCAAUCCAAAGAAUUUUACAAACACAAAAAAUUUAAAUCAAACAAAGAUUUUAACAUUGUUACAUUGUUCAAAACAGAGUUGCAAAGAAUUUUAAUAAAUUCUAAUGAGUUAAACACAACUAUAACAGACAUUCAACCUUACGGAUCAAGAAUUUCAGGUCUUAACAUUUCUGACAGCGAUGUUGACUUUAAUAUAAACUAUGUUUCAAAAUCUUCAGCCAAAAAUGUGAUAAAAUCAUUUGCCAAUAAACUUCGUCAAAGUCAAGUAUUUAUUAAGGUGUUUCCUUUAAUUGGUGCUAAAAUACCUAUUAUAAAAUGCACUCAUCUAAAUACUGGUGUUGAUUGUGAUAUAUCAUUUAAUAAUAUCAGUGCAGUUCAUAAUUCUCAUCUUCUUAAUCACAUUUUAAGUAUGGACUAUCGUAUUAAACCAGUUUUAAUGAAGUUAAAGAUAUGGGCUAAAAAUAUUGGGCUGAUUAAUACAAACGGAUUUUCUAGUUAUUCAUUCUAUUGGCUAGGAUUAUUUAUCAUGCAAGUUUUGGGAUUAUUACCAGCAAUUCGUGAUUUACAAAAAUCUGUUCCAGAAAUUCUAGUUGGUCAAUGGAAUUGUGCGUUUUCCAAAAAACCACAAGAUGAUAUUGUUAAAAAACAAGAAACUUUAAGUGAAAAUGACAUAUUGAAUACUUUCUAUAAAUAUUAUUCAAAUUUUGAUUUUAAUAAAUUUGUGAUAAGUCCAUACACUGGUUAUCCAUUACUUAAAACGGAUUUUGAAAAUGUAGAACAACUUCCAGAUGAACUAUGGAGGUAUAAACAAUUUUAUAAAGAAAACCAGGAAUGCCAAAAGUUGUUAUUUUUGGGUUCUUGUCCAUUCAAAAUGUACACUCAAGAUCCAUUUCAGCAUAAUGUAAAUAUUACUGCAAGAGUGACUCCAAAAGUAUUUGAAAAGUUUAUUAAUGCUUGUGCAGAAUUAAAAACAAAAAACAACUUAAGCUAACAUUUAGCUUUAAUAGUUUAAGAUAAAAUGUCUGUAUUGUAUUUUAAGCAUUUUUUAAUACUUAAAACUGUGAUAUUUUAAACAAAUUUUUUUUUUUAAUAAAUCUGAUACACUAUA